AUGUCAACUUCAAUCGGAUAUUCUUUAGUUAAGAGUCAUGGAUCAUAUGCUUCAGAGUGCGGUUACUGUAAAUCUAGUGAAGAUACUUCGCAUAAGUUCGGUUUAAGCGCCAUUAUGUUGACUUGUCAAGAUUACCAAGAUCUUAUUGAUCGCGGCUGGCGACGGUUGGAUGCAACAAAAUUCCAUGCCUCAAAAUCACAACGGCAAUUGAUCAAUAAAUUUAAUCGUUUUCUAGAAGGAACGUAUGUUCCUUCCAACGAAAAUGACACCGAUUCAAACAAAGAUAAAUUGAAAUCUAGAAAGCGAACUGAAAAUACUUUUGAUCUAGUUGAAGCAAUCCAUGAAGCUGAGGGUCGAGUAGAUUUGAAACAUAAAUUUAAAGUUACGACUGAACUAUCUUCUUUCACUCAAGAAAAGUAUCAACUCUAUUACAAAUAUCAAACCAUCAUUCAUAAUGAUACUGAACUGUCUGAAGAAAGUUUUCGAAGGUUCCUUGUGAAUUCUCCACUAAAACAUGAACCUCAAGUAAUUCCAAUUGCAUCAGGAUACGGCUCUUUUCAUCAAUGCUAUUACUUGGAUGACAAACUUAUUGCUGUUGCUGUUCUUGAUGUACUACCAAAAUGUACGUCAUCGGUUUACUUUUUUUAUGACCCGGAUUAUGGUUAUCUGCAGCUUGGGAAAUACAGCGCUUUAAGAGAAAUAACAAUGACUCUUGAAUUGCAUACUGCUGGAUUAAAAGAUUUACAUUGGUAUUACAUGGGAUAUUACAUUCACAAUUGUCAAAAGAUGAGUUAUAAGGGACAAUACAAACCAUCCGACCUUUUAGACCCUGAGACUUACGAAUGGUAUUCAAUUGAACACUGCACUCGCCUUUUGAAUCAAUAUAAAUAUGUAUCCUUUGCAAAUCCACUAUCUGAUGCCCAAUAUGCAAACCAUGAAACCUCUAGACAAUGUGCAGAAAACAUUGAUCUGCCAUUGCCAGGCAUGCUUGAUCCAAAUAAAGUUACUGAUAAUGAUAUUAAAGAUAUGAUGGUGUAUAUCGAUGGAGCUGUGAAGCAUUUUAAUAAUGUGUCAUAUUUUAACCACUUUGGUAAAAAAUAUCUAUUAAAAGAAUAUUAUGCUGCUGUUGGAUUAGAAUUGGCUAAGAAAAUG